AUGUCCACAACACAUGAUGAAGAAAUAAUAGAAGGUGAUGAUCAAUCAUUGAUGAUCGGAAGGUUUGAUAUAACGACUCUGCCCCUAGAAAAUCAAAUUAAUAUAUUUUGGUAUUGUGAUGAGAGAACUCUGAUCAAUGUGGCUCAAACUAAUAGAGGCUAUCAUCAUUUGAUCAUGGGGGAUGAUGAUGAAUCGGAGCCGGAGGUGAAUUCCUAUAGAAAUACUAUUUGGAAGGUUAGAUUAUUGUCUGAAUUGAAUAGAUUGAUUGAUGAUUAUAAUAAGAGUAUAAUUGAUAAUGUAAUUGAUACUUCCUUGGUUCAUAAUUUGAAUGAAAAUGAUUUGGACAAGUAUGUGAGGAAUAAUUUGAGAAUUAAGGAGGAUAGAAUUAGAUAUAGUGAAAUUUUGGCUAAAUUCAAGAGAUUAGAUUAUAAACCAGCUGUGGAUUCAACUGAAGUUUCAGCAAAAGGAAGAGUUUGGAAUAAUAAGACUGUAUACACUUGGUAUUCUUUCCUUCAUCGAAAUUAUCCAAUAUCAAAUGAUGAUGAUUUUGCAUCUUAUUGUACAUUUGAAGGAUAUGAGAUUGUAAUCAAUCAAUAUGGUUCAUCUGGAGGAAAUGAUUGGAAUAUUGUGUUUGGUAUAGGAGGUGAAUAUGAAGAUUUUGGAAAAUCCAAUUCGAUUGCAGAGUUUACAGUAGAAAACUGUGGUUUUGGAUAUAUUGUAAAUUCUAAUCAGUUCAAGAUUAGAGGUGAUCAUAUAUACGAAGAUUGUAAAUUCGCAAAAGAUAUUAAGGCAGUUAAAGUAGGUGACAGAUUCACUCUCAAAUAUGAUAGAGAAAGGAAGUGCAUUCACUUCUUCAAGAAUGGACAACACAUUGUUUCUGUUGCUGAUGAAUAUGGAGAAACUCUCAAACCAAUCGUCUAUUAUCCAAUCAUUUCUAUGUGUGUUGAAAUGGGUGUUACUUUCUAUCCUCUGCUUCAAGUCGAUUAUCCAGUCAAUGAAAAUGUAUCCUUCACAAAGAGCAACUUUAAAUUUACUUGUUAAAUUCACACAUUUUCAUUUCUGUUUUU